UAGUUUCCUCACCCAUUGAAAGAGACUAUCCAGCCACCCCUUCUUUACAAAUCCUUUCUGGGUUAUAUUCAGUUCCAUAGCUCAGCUUCUGAAACAACCCCCCCCCCCUCCAAAAUUCCACAAUUGAAAUGGCCUCAGCUACCAAGUUUUCAUACCACAGACUGAAACAUGAAGAAGAAGAAGGCCAUGUGCUUGAAGUUGAUGAAAUUGCGGAGAGGUUGAUGAUGAUGGGAAGACCAAGGCCGUGCGUGAGGCUCAAAAGGGUGUCUGUCAAGAAAAGGUUUAGGGUUAAGGUUCCAAGCUUGAGGAGGUUGUUUAGGAAGAAAGUAAAGCUUGUGAGGAUUUCAUUUGGGAAGAUGGUGAAGAGAUUUAAAGAAAGUCAAGCCCAUUUGGGUGAUCUUUUUGCUGGGAAUUAUAUGUUUAUUCAAGUCAAUCCUACAACCAUGAAAUACUGCUUUGAAAAAUCUUAUGGAGGCCUUGCUUUAAAUGGCUUGCCUUCUUCUAGGUGUUCUCUCUCUAGGAUUGCUUGAUGUUUGAAGGUUUGAAAUUGUGUGUGUGUUGCCUUUUCUUGUAUUAGAUCUUGACUCAUGCAGGGUAGCUGCAACUUUUCUUUUAAUACAAAAUAGCCUAAGGGUUCAAAAGCUAAGAUUCAACUUAUUAAGUUCGGGGUUCAUUUGCAAUGUGUUGUAUGAAAAUGGGAAAAAUUUCCAUUUAUGGAAAACUUAAUUUCAUUUGUGCAAA